AGGACCAGGAUAUAGAACCCUAGGGAUCACCCAAGCAUGGCUCCUUAGGGGCUGCACUGGUCUAAGGGUGGCCAUGUCCUCGUUUGCCCCAGUUGCACAAUGUGCCCAAAAAGUGGGCAUCAGGAAAUGCUGGUUGAUGGCCCAGAUGUGAGUGGAGCUGGGCCAGUUAGAAUGCACAAGCCUAGCAGUACACUCCACACUCCAAGCUCCAAGACCUUAGCUUUGGAGAGCCAGGGAGAGUUUGUUGUGAAUUCCUUUGAUCAGAACUGUUCUAGUGUUUGCAAAUUUGGGUGACUGGAUAGGCUCUUAAGAGAAAAGAGACUCCUCUACACAGUCAUCCUGCAAAUCCCUUCUCACAGGACCCACCAUCCAGAGACCCCCAUCUUAGGUGGAGGUGCCACCACCCAAAACUAUAUCCUAAAAGGUGGUCGUUUGAUGGGAAGGAGGAGGAUGGAAAGACUGACUGUGACUGUCUUGGGUCUUUCUAGCACCCCUCUCCCAUCCCCCAGAGUGGAUCUAAAGCAAUCACCCAUCCUAGAGCAUACAGGAUUGGGUUACAAAGAACUGGGUGGGGGCAGCUGAAAGAUGAAAAAGUCACAAAAGGAACGUGUGGGGAAGGGAGGAGGAGGCCUUGAUGGUAUGCAUUUGGGUUGAAAUCUUUUCGGGUUCCAGUGCGACCUCUCUUUGCCAACCUCCAGCUGGAGCUACUCUCUCCAAAGACUCAGCCUUGCUUCAUCCAGACCGGCCUCCCUAAGUGAAUCAAUGGGACAUCUUUCUCCAACCCACACCCUAAAUAACCACCCCUUGGGCUAUCCCUUUGCAAAUUUUUUUCUUUCAAGAUAGCCUUUGAAGUUCGGUUUCUUUGCUGUAAAUGAGAAGGGGGAUGCUCUAUGCAGCUUUCACCUAGUUCUCUACCAGCCCCUCCCCCUCACGCCCUGCGUUUGCCCAAGACAAAAGUGCAUAUUUUUCUCUGAGUCCCUCCAGCCGGAGUUGCCGGUUGGUCCCGACAGUCUGAGAAGCUAGGGCAGCCACUCCAGAGACUGACAUUCAGUGCGUCAGCACACAGACCCGGCCCCACGGUGUGUGGGCGAACAGACAGACCCCCAGUGUUCCCGGGACCCGCGGGGACCGGCGGGCGCUGUGCGCGUGGGUGGGGGAAGGUGGAGAAGGGCGGCGGUGAGGCAGAGUGGGCCGUCAGCUCCAAGGCCGGGAGGAGGGGAGCUAGGGCUUCAGCAGAGAGGCAGCUGCAACCCAUUAGGGGCGGUGAGCUCAUGGCUGAGUGAGAGUCUCAGCCACAGGAAACAGCAGCGGCAGGAGGGGAGGAGGGGUCUGGGGCGGGAGGCUGCGGGCGGGAGCACAGAGACGGGGCCUCCUGCCGGCCGGGACCAAAGAGGAGACCAGAGAGACUGAGUCAGCUCUCCCUGGCGCAGUUCCUCUUUCUUCUUGCUCCAGCCUCCCUGCCAGGGGGUGCCCUUCGCUCCAUAGAGGAGCAGCCCCGGUAGUGCUCCUUCCCCUCCUCCACUCCCUGCAGUGAGCGCCCCCUGGCAAGGCCUCUCCCCCUCCUCCACUCUGCAGUGAGCGCCUCCUUGGCCGUGACCCCCUUGCAGUGGGCGCUCUCCCAGGCAGAGCCCACUCUUGGAAUGGUUCUUUAGAGAGUACUUCUGGAGUGAAAGUUCCCAGACAGUGUUCAUUCCUGUUGGUGUGGGCUUCCCCUUAACAGUAUCGUCCUGCUUCCUGUGCCCUGAGUUGCUGCAGCCGGAGUCCCCUACCCUCUGCAGGCGGCUCCUGCCCAUGCUCGUUCCCUUCUGCAGAAGGAGUGCUCAGAGGUAGCGCUUCUGUUCCCUGCAGCGUGAGCUCUGGGGCACUUCUCCCCAAUCCCUGGUCUGCUCUGGCAGCGCCACAUCUCCUGCUACGGUGACGGUGACACUCCCCCCUCUCGUCCACUAUCCUGAGGCAACCCCCUUUUCUCUGCGGGAAUUUCCCUCUUUGGCCAUACCCCUGGCCUCAGCCCAGCCACAGCUGCGGUCGGUCCCCCAGGGCCGGAUGGGUGGGCCUGCCUCACCGGGUUGGGACUGGGAUGGAAAAUGGUGGUUCCAGUCGGGUCAGUUCUCACGACCCGAGGCCGAGCCCCUUCCAUAACCACUAUUGGACCAAGCCGCAGGGGUCUCCGCGGGAGCAGAGGUUAUGGGCCAGAGAAAACAUCAAAGACAGCCCAGGAACUGAGAGACUUCUGGCAAGGAGGUUGGAACUAAGUGUACUAAUGACACCAGAGAGGAGAAGACCAGAUAGCAAUGUCUUUCCUCCCACCCAUCCGACCCCCUCGGCACAGCGGGUCCUCAAACUCAGGGGACACCCCCUCCUCCCAGACUGGUCUUCACCCAGAAACCUUUCUACCUUCUUCUUACCUCUGGGCUGUCCUUGGCCUCAGGCAAGAAGAAUCCCUGAGCCCACCUAGCUCAGCUGUCUUCAGCUUUUAUCCUUCCAGCUUUUGGAGAAUUAUCAAGCCAGCCUGUUCCUUCUAUCCUCUCUGAAUUGUUUACCAGAAAAGGUGCCGGAGCCAAGGAUAAUUGGAAAAAACCUCUCACCCAAGGACCACAGGGGGAAUGGCACCAGCUGUGGCCCAGCUCCUUUUCCUUCAGCUUGUUUUGGGACCAACUCUGGUCAUGGAUAUCAAGCUGCAGAUGGCUAUCAAGAACUUCCGCAAUUUACAUGUGGACUUUCCCAAGGUUAGCUAUCCAGAGAGUUUCCAGGGCUACUGUAAUGGUCUGAUGUCCUAUGUGCGGGGCAGGAUGCAACACUGGCAUUGCCCAAGGAUGCACUACGUGAUACAUGCCGCUUGGGAAGACAUCAGGAAGUUCUGCAAGCAUAGUGACAGCUUCUGUGAGAACUACAAUGAAUACUGCACACUCACUCAGGAAAGCUUUGCCCUCACCAUCUGCUACCUGGAUGUCAAACAGCCACCCACUAGCUGCCGCUACAAUGGCACCUCAACCAACCAAAAGCUCUACCUGCUCUGCUCCGGCAAGUAUGACGCUGAACCAAUAGGUAUCAUUGGUUUGUUCUAGGGGAUUUAAUUCCUGAGCACCCCCCGCCCCCACCUUUACCACCAUAGACCAGACUGUCCCCAUUUCCCAAACUCUGAUUCCUGCAACAAGACUUCCUUCCUGACUCUGAAGCAGGCAAGGUCCCCUCCCAAGAGACCAGGUAGGUUCGAAAACAUCCAGGGCUUUGAUCACUAUGCAAAGUUUUACUGUCUUCUAGGCUCUUUCCAACUUGUUUACCAUCCCCACCCCCAUCCUCCCUCUCCCAGAGACAGUAAAACCCACCCAAGAAGCUGACUGUGUCCACUUGGCAGUGACUGUCCACCACUGGGCCAGAUCCUAAAUCCUGGAUGGAGGCCCAGGGCCUCAGCUCACACCAUGGCAACAGGCACCAGCCCUAUGUCUCACUCCCAUCCCCACCAUCCUUCUUGGCUCUGUCUUCCCCAUUUCCCUCAUAAUGCCCUCCACUCCUCCCUCCCCCCCACAGUGGGUGUCUCUAGCUGCAGGAAGCUCCCUGAGGCCCUUAGACUCACUUUGGCUUCAUUUCCCCACAGAAUCCUCAGCUCCCAGCCUGCUCCACUCUGUGAAAUCAUAGAUUCUCCCUUCAUGUAACUAUCCUUCCCUCCCUCCUCCUACCAUGGAACCCAGUGCUGUCUCUGUCCCACAGCCUUUAGUCACCCUGCCUUCCUUUUUCCAACCUCUUUUCCUGCCCUCCUUCUCACCUUGGCUUACUUGAAUUUCAAGGUAUCUUCUCCCUUCCAUCCCCUAAAAUUUCCUGCUUCCCCUCUCUUCCAGUAGAUCCUCCUAAACCCCCAGACUCCAGGGUCUGCCCUUGACCACCAGGCAGGGGAUGCGGCAGCCCCACUCUGGUCAUGUAAAGUUUUUUUUGGGGGGGGGGCUCGGGGACCCUCUAGACACUGAUAGUCAUGUAAAGUUUCGAAACCAUAACUGAAUUACAUGAGAUAUAACCAUUGGGGGAAACUGAGUGAAGGGCACAAGAGACCUCUCUGUAUUAUUUUUUGUAACCUCCUGUGAAUCUGCAUUCAUUUCAAAAUAAAAAGUUAAAAACACACAUCUGAUUCCACUCUGAUCUAACUCCUUUUACUCUAUGCACCGAAACUCCUGCUCUUGGAGUCCUGGUAGCCACCCACCUCUGGC